UAUUUGACUCUAGCCACAAAAUUAAGGAAAUUAGAAGAGGGGGGAAUUUCGGCAAGGCCAUUUUCUUGCCCCUUGUUUCCUUUCGGGCAAUAGUACAGAGUAGGACCGGAAACAUUUGACAGCGAAUAGGAAGCGAACUAGCCGGCUAGCAGUCAUGUCGAGCAAAAAUAUAUUUCAGACAGAGUUGACCCACAUUAUGGGGUUAUACGUUGAAACAACAGUUAGGGAGAUGGAGAUACUCCUCGACGAGUGUGCUGCUGUUUUGGAGAAUGAAGAGAAUAGUUUACUGAAGAGAGAAAUGGAGCGUGUGAAUAGAACCAACACGAUGAAAUUUGCGUCAUUCAUGGAAGUGUUGAGUGAAGGCUUGAUGGAGAAAAUAUCACUGCUGAUGAUGGUGGACGAAACGGAGGUAAAAACUGUGGAGAAGACUGGUGGAGGUGGUGAGAGCUGUGGAGAAGAUGGGCGCUUCAGUCGGGAACUAGCAACACAAAAAGUAGCAGUAGAGGCAACAACCAAGAUGACCCUCUCUGUUACAGAUGAGGUGUCUUCUUCUGAGUCUGAUCAUCAGGAGGAGGACCUUGACCCCCUGUCCUCACCUUCAUCGGACGAGAAAUGCCUAGUUGAGGUUGAUCCCAGUCAGCAUGCUGACCCAUCUGCAUCAGACCCAGAUAAACAAGGCCCAGCUAGGGAUGGAGAAGAUGUCCAAUGUGGGGAUUCUGGACCCCUCACCUGUUCCCAUUGUGGAAAAUGUUUCAGGAAGAAAGGGUUUCUGACGAGACACAUUCAGUCCCGUAAAAAAACCUACAGCUGUUCUCCGUGUAGGAAAGGUUUUGAUCUGGCCAAACAGCUUGAGGAGCAUUCUGUUAAACCACGCAUAGAGAACACCUUCAGUUGUAACGACUGCAGUGCGGUGUUUCACCGUAAAUGUACUUUGCAGUCCCACUUGAAGGGUCACCUAAUGGAGGAAACGGUCACAUGUACAGUUUGUGAAAGAAAGUUUCUAGGGGAAAAAAGACUGGAGUUGCACAAGUGCAAUGGACGGAAAAUAUUCAGCUGCUCAUCCUGCCCGGAGAUCUUAAAGACCAGAGAAGGGUUGUCUUAUCGUGAGGAGACGCUUUCAGAGACGAAAUAUAGCUGUGAAACAUGCAGCAAAACAUUCUUAACCACUGUGUCCUUAAAAACCCAUAUGAUGUCUCAUAAAGAGAAGGAUCAUAGUUGUACUGUAUGUAGCCAACAUUUCAGCCAUGCAUCUGCUCUCAGAAAGCAUAUGUUGGUCACCCAUCCUGGAGAAAUGCCUGAAAAACAUUGCAUCUGCAGUGUGUGUGGUAGAUGUUUCACCAAAAGGAACAAUCUGUAUAAACAUAUGAGGACACACAAGGAAGAGAGACCUUUUUCUUGCAAUAUUUGUGGCAAGAAGUUUAAUUCUUCCGGUAAUCUCAGCAGACACAAUAGAACUCACACGGGCCAGAAAUUGUAUUCCUGUGACCUUUGUGACAAAAGCUUCACCCAGUCCGGAACCCUGAAGACUCAUAAACUAAACGCUCACACUGAAGGUGAAGAAAAGCCUUCUUCCAAGUGUGAGAUUUGCGGGGAUGUUUGUUCAAGUCGUUAUACUCUAAAGAAUCAUAUGGUCACUCACACAGGGAAGAAACCCUAUCAUUGUAGCGUGUGUGGCAAAGGUUUCUUUAGCAAUCAUCUUCUUAAAGUUCACAUUCACAUUCACACAGGGGAGAAACCCUUUGAGUGUGAUCAAUGUGGGAAGAGGUUCAGUCAGAAAAGUCAUCUAAAAUAUCACGAGCGUGUGCACACCGGUGUCAAAGCAUUCGUGUGCGGCGUCUGUGGGAAGGCCUAUGCUAAUAGACAGAAUCUGAAACUCCACAAGUGCAGCAUUUCUGCAAAAUUGUAGUUCUUUAAUUAGCCACAGCUAAUUAACCAUUUAGUUUUUUGAAUUGGACUCAUUCAUUCAUGUUCCUCCAUUGUGAAGUGAAAAUACACAGGAUCAAUCUAAGGGAAAUGAUUGGUUGUUCCUGUCGUUAUGACUGUGCUCCUUCCUAGCGUCAGACAGACUGUGCAGUAGCUUGCUCUUUAUCACAAUGUCACUGUGGGUCACUGUGAAUGUAGCGUCAGACAGACGGUGCAGUAGCUUGCUCUUUAUCACAAUGUCACUGUGGGUCACUGUGAAUGUAGCGUCAGACAGACGGUGCAGUAGCUUGCUCUUUAUCACAAUGUCACUGUGGGUCACUGUGAAUGUAGCGUCAGACAGACGGUGCAGUAGCUUGCUCUUUAUCACAAUGUCACUGUGGGUCACUGUGAAUGUAGCGUCAGACAGACGGUGCAGUAGCUUGCUCUUUAUCACAAUGUCACUGUGGGUCACUGUGAAUGUAGCGUCAGACAGACUGUGCAGUAGCUUGCUCUUUAUCACAAUGUCACUGUGGGUCACUGUGAAUGUAGCGUCAGACAGACGGUGCAGUAGCUUGCUCUUUAUCACAAUGUCACUGUGAAUGUAGCGUCAGACAGACGGUGCAGUAGCUUGCUCUUUAUCACAAUGUCACUGUGGGUCACUGUGAAUGUAACGUCAGACAGACUGUGCAGUAGCUUGCUCUUUAUCACAAUGUCACUGUGGGUCACUGUGAAUGUAGCGUCAGACAGACGGUGCAGUAGCUUGCUCUUUAUCACAAUGUCACUGUGGGUCACUGUGAAUGUAGCGUCAGACAGACGGUGCAGUAGCUUGCUCUUUAUCACAAUGUCACUGUGGGUCACUGUGAAUGUAGCGUCAGACAGACGGUGCAGUAGCUUGCUCUUUAUCACAAUGUCACUGUGGGUCACUGUGAAUGUAGCGUCAGACAGACGGUGCAGUAGCUUGCUCUUUAUCACAAUGUCACUGUGGGUCACUGUGAAUGUAGCGUCAGACAGACGGUGCAGUAGCUUGCUCUUUAUCACAAUGUCACUGUGGGUCACUGUGAAUGUAGCGUCAGACAGACGGUGCAGUAGCUUGCUCUUUAUCACAAUGUCACUGUGGGUCACUGUGAAUGUAGCGUCAGACAGACGGUGCAGUAGCUUGCUCUUUAUCACAAUGUCACUGUGGGUCACUGUGAAUGUAGCGUCAGACAGACUGUGCAGUAGCUUGCUCUUUAUCACAAUGUCACUGUGGGUCACUGUGAAUGUAGCGUCAGACAGACGGUGCAGUAGCUUGCUCUUUAUCACAAUGUCACUGUGGGUCACUGUGAAUGUAGCGUCAGACAGACGGUGCAGUAGCUUGCUCUUUAUCACAAUGUCACUGUGAAUGUAGCGUCAGACAGACGGUGCAGUAGCUUGCUCUUUAUCACAAUGUCACUGUGGGUCACUGUGAAUGUAUUGAUUCUUAUUCUGCUGAUUCUAAUAAGAGACCUUUCAUAUUGUUGGAGUCUCUUAUUGAUUAUUUUUUGUUCUGUACUCAUUAUCAAUCAAUAUUUCGGCUCAAUUUCCAAUGUCAUCCGGUCGGCGUGUGUUUUGUUUACUGAGGUUAUGAAUUUAACUCUCUUAGGCUGAUGUCUGUUUGCUUUGUUAUCUAGAUGAUAGCAAUGUUUUCCUGCUUAAAUAUAUAUUUUUGUAUUUUUUGACAAUCAACAGAGAAAUCCGAUGACAGCAUUAGUGAUUUUUACCCCCAGCGUCAUUGGUUAGGCUUUAGAUUCAAGUAUUCUUUGUAAAUCAUGCAUAAACCAAUGAUUCUUUUUAUUCAUUUAUCCUUCAAGUCACACUGUAUUGAGUUAUCUCUCGCAGUGUGUUAGGAGUACAAUGGGAUUCUAUAAGAUCUCUGGCAACAUAUUAUACUGAACAAAAAUAUAAACGCAACAUGUAAUGUGUUGGUCCCAUGUUUCAUAAGCUGAAAUAAAAGAUCCCAGAAAUGUU